ACCGUCGUGUUCAGAUCACAUCAUUCCCCUCUUUUCUUGUCGCUUAGACUUUAGAGGACAUGGUAUUGUCUUAGUUCACUUGCUUUGACCUACCGGGUGAUGAGGGUUGAAAUUAACUCCACUAAGAGUGGUCAAGAAUCUUGAUUCCGCCUUCUCAGAGGUCCAGAGAUUGUGCUUGUGAUUCUUUGAUUCGUUCAGGAUUUUUCACGUCAGAAACUUGCUCAUUCGCAAUAGAUUUAAGAGAGUUGGGGCCGGCAUUCUGUUGAGUAACUUGCGAUGAGCUCGUGGAUAUUCGAUCUACUUAAAAUUCAAGCCGUCACCUCGGUUUGAGUGAAUAUUCGUGUCGACUGCAACAUCAAUUCUAAAUCGUUCGUCUUCUAGCAGCCUCCAAAAGAGAGAAUCGACGGGACAUGUCUCUCAGUUCCAUUAAAGGAUUACUCUCCAACUACUCGCCAGUCAGCGAGUCGUCGGACCUGGAGAAGGAAUAUCAUUACCCACUUCGAAAUGGAUCCGAAGAUCUGGAAUCUGCGAGCGGGAGUGAAGCAAACAAGCCAAUUCGAAGAGAAGGCUCAGAGAAGAAAGAGUCUAAAAUCAUUGAUGGGCGGACAGUCUCAGAUGCCAUUAUCGGUCUAUCGGAUGGCUUAACGGUUCCUUUUGCUCUCACUGCGGGAUUGUCUGCUCUGGGAGAUACGAAAGUGGUUGUCUUUGGUGGUCUUGCAGAGCUCAUUGCUGGAGCUAUCUCUAUGGGACUGGGUGGAUAUUUAGGCGCAAAGAGCGAAGAGGAAUCUUACCGAGCUACCCUCAAAGAGACUCGAAGCCAAGUUGUUGCAGACCCAUCCGCUACAACAGAGACUAUCUCCGAAAUCUUCGCGCCCUACGACCUCCCAUCUGAACUCGUCUCACAAAUCACCGAUCACCUGUCUGCUUCUCCCAUGCUCCCUUCGUUUCUUAUGAACUUCCACCACACGCUUCCUGAACCGUCCGGCUCCCGUGCACUCAUCUGCGCCUUGACCAUUGCGUUAGGCUACUUCAUUGGGGGUUUCGUGCCGCUCCUUCCUUACUUCUUCGUCGGGCCGCACGACGCAUUCAUUGCGUUGCGCUGGUCCAUUGCCACUAUGGCUAUAGCACUGUUUCUCUUCGGAUACGGGAAGACAUGCUUCGUGAGCGGUUGGCAGGGCAGACAGAAUAUCCGACGAGGGUUCGUCGGCGGCAUGCAAAUGGUCCUUGUGGGGGGUGUCGCAGCCGGGUCAGCAAUGGGACUAGUCAAGGGGUUCCAACUGCUCGCCUCCUCCGGCGAGGGCCAUGGCGAGCAAUAAGGCUCCCCCUUCUUCUGUUUUAAUUCGUUUCAGGCGUUUGGUUGGGCGGUAGAAUAAAUUCGGUUCCGGUUGUAAAUAUUCAUUUACGGCGUCUGGUCGGCCUCAUGAUCCAGAAUGUACAGUGCACGAAACCAAGCCAGGCUGUGCUUCACCUAGCAUAUCCAGCAGACGCCUUGUUGCGCGCAGAUCAGAUCAAAUGUCUCCGGCAAUCUUCUUGGCAAUGGACAUAUAACUCCUUACAGCCC